AUGUUUCUCGCACCUCUCCCCAAAACACCUAUUCUCCUUCCUCUCACCAUUCCUGCUAUUCUUCUUCUGACUCCCGCGAUUCUGAUGCCUCUUCAACUUGAGGCAUGUCACCCUGGGGAGGAGGCAGAAGAAGAAGAGAACUUACCUGUACUAGCAAUACAUUUUGAACAAGACUCAGCCGAGCCUUACUACUUGUUCGAUCAACUGGAAGAAGAUAACUCUGACCUCGCACUCGAGGCAGCCCAGGUCAAAUGCAAAGCAGAAGCUGUGAACACACAUCUAUUAUUGGCCGACCUCAAUGUCGGACACAUGCACUCAGAGCGCCGGAGGAAAAACGGCAUCACAAUGUAUGCUACUCUUCAAGCAUGA